AUGUCGACUGGGUCCAGCGCGGGGGCGACAACAGCGGCAGUGCUCCCCGACUCUUUGAGACUCGCGAACGUGUCGCCUUCCAACCACGACGGCCUUCUCUUUCCCAGCUUUGGCAUGCCAUUCGAUUCGCUUAGCGCUUCUUCGCUGCCCCAAGGUCUCGAUGACUUCUCAGCUUGCUCGGCGGGCGUUGUUCCAGCAUGGCUCAUGCCUAUGGCUGGGCCGCACAUUGCACUCCCCUCUCCGACAGAAUCCAACCUCGAUGUCGGGAUCGCCAGCUGUACUGAGACUCGAUCCCUACAAGCAGCUCCGAGUGUAAAUGCGGCGGAUUCGUCCACCCCAAUCAGCAUCUACGGCUCAGACAGCCCGAGUCACCCCACAGACAACCAAUGCGUGUCGGAGAUCGCGCGCCUCCGGUGCGUGGAGCAGAUGUGGUCGCGCGGCCAAGACGUGCCCAGGUGGCAGUUCUGCGCGGGCGAAGCCCUCUCCUUUGUUCACGUCUUCUCGCGGACGGGGUCUCUGCCGUUUCUUCCGAGGCCGAGGAGACCUCCGCCAGCCUCGGGCGGCGGCGGCGGCGGCGGCGGCGGCGAAUGCAGCGCCAUGCCCCUCCCGCUCGUGCGGGCCAUGUCUGUCUGCGCCGCCUACGUGACCGCGGCCGGCGGCGCCGGGCGGCCGGUCUUUGAGCAGAUGCUCGAGGCGGAGAUCGCCGCGCUGGUCGAGUCGUCCGGGUCGGAGCACUUCCCGGCCGGAGCGGGUCGCGGCUCCCACCGUCUCCGCGAGCUGCGGUCCGAGGCGGUGCGCGUCCAGGCCAUGACGAUGUACCACAUCAUGUGCCUCUUCGGCCCGAGCGCGCGGAUGCGCCUCCUCGCGGAGCGGCAGGAGGCGCUCGCCACGGCGUGGACGAGGCAGCUGCUCCUGCGCCUGCAGGCGCUGGAGGAGGGCGAGGGGCGCGGCCUCGCCGGUGGCUCGCGCUCCGGGGAGGAGGAGGAGGAGGAGGAGGAAGGCGGGGGAGAAGCCGGCGGCGGCGUCGUCGCGAGCGCCUACAAGACCGUCCUCGUCUCGCACCUCGUGCGCACCAUCUACACGUCGCUGCGGUACCGGGUCUGCAAGGAGCUGCCGGAGCUCAGGGCCAUCCCCAUCCUGACGGGGGAGAUGGGCUGCAGGAGGGCCGGCGUCCUGGCCGGCCCGCCGGUGCCGCCGGGCAUGUUCGGCGCGGGAGGCCGUCGUCGCCGGCCGCGCAAGAUGACGUACAUCGACUACUCGGACUCUUGGACGGAGGAGGAGCUGCGCUGGCUGGAUAGGGGCGACCGCCUUACUGUGCUCAUGCUGGCGGCGUGCAAGGGUAUUGGGUUCCUGAGAGAUCGGACGAGGGAGGAGGAUUUGGGAUAUUACGCUCCUGAUUUUGGCGCGACUAGUCUCAAUAUUUAA